CCGUUCUCGUGUGUGACUACCAACAGCAGCAGCAGCAGCGGCAGCAGCAGAAGCAGUGAGCCUCAGUGGACGUUUCUGGGAUUUCUGCGUGUGUUUGAAUCAGAUGAGACGCUCGGGACCUACGUCUACCUGCGUACACCGAACCACUGCCUUUGGAUAUUUUGCUGCCACUUAAGACGCAUCCGCACACUUCAGACUCGUGGUAUUUCUGCUUCUGAAGCGAGCUGCUGUGUCAUAAACAGCACGCCCGAGGGAAGACUCAUCACCAAACUUUUAAAAGGGAGACUUCGCAACUUUGGCAACAUCUACUAGCUGGUGAACAUCGCUGUGAGUUCAUGUGGUGUACCGUCUGACAGAAGCGGAACAUUUCUCUGGGAAAACUUCACAGAAGGCUUUUGAAACAUGUUCAGCAAGUGCUCCGUUGUGAUAUUGAACGUCCUCUUUCUGGUGCGGGCGCUCUCGGCUCACGAGUGCACGCCGUGUAAUCUCCGGACUUGUCCAGUCAAAGCCCCGCACGGCUGCGAGGGUGGCCGGACCUUGGCCAGGGACCCGUGCGGAUGCUGUGACCAGUGCGCCCGGCUGGAGUGGGAGCCCUGCGGCGGACAAGACUGGACGCACGGCUACUGCGCCCUGGGGCUGACCUGCGCCUCUGUAAACAAAACCGGACCUGCCACUAUCCCUGAAAUUGGAGUGUGUAAAGUUCUCCCCGACCAUCUGGAGGCAGGCCUGGUGGACGAGCACUGUCCCCUGAUGACCGGCUGCGACAGAGCUGGAGGACAGUGUGUGUGUGAUGCCCGUCACUCCUGCUUGGGCUCUUUCUCCUAUCCAGACCAAGAAACCUGCAUGAAGGCCAGCAAGUCAGAGGGUCGGAAGCACGAGCACCGGGAAAGACACAGAGAGAAGUAUGUGGGACCAUCCAACCCGGCCUGCAUGUUCUCUGGGUGUAACCUGACCGCUGAGGGCUGUGUGUGUGAGUCUCAGAGCUGCCACCACCACUUCGCCUACAUCAACCGCAGCCAGUGCCAGGAAGCCGCAGAGGAGCUGAGGUGUGCCGGGGUGACGUGUCCCGCCCUGCAGGUGCCCUCCUGCCCCCACGGUUCAGUCCUGACCAAGAGUUACACGCCCCCUGCUGGUUGCUGUCCCUCCGUACCUCCCCAGUGCACUUGCGACCUCCGUGCCUGCCACAAGCCCCAGUGCCCGAGCGGACAGCGAGCCGUGUCGCUCAGCCAGGCCAGCGGUCAGCCAGGAGACUGCUGUGAUGUCUUUGAGUGCCAGAAAGUCUCUCCCAAGUGCAUCCACAAUGGGAAGGAGUUCUCCGAGGGAGAGGUGUAUCGCAUGGACCCCUGCUGGCUGUGUCAGUGCAGAGGAGGAAUCUCCUUCUGCUCCAAGGCAGAGUGCGCUGAGCUGGAUUGUGAAAACUUCUACAUUCCUGAGGGCGAGUGUUGCCCCGUCUGCAUAGAUGUGGAGUUACUGUCGAUGGACAGCACUAAGGCCAGCUGCUGGGUGAAUAAUAAGCUCAGAGCUCAUGAGGAGCAGUGGAAAGAGGACGACUGCACCUUCUGCCAGUGCGUGGAUGGAGAACCGCACUGCACAGCCAUGGCCUGCAAGCAGAGCUGCCAGAACCCUGUCAAGAUCCCCGGAGAGUGCUGCCCUUUCUGUGAAGAGCCUUCAUAUGAAACAGUUAGCCCCAUGCUAUGUCCUCCCCUGGAAAACUGCUCGCUGUCAGGGAAUGAAUGCCCCUAUGGUUUCCAGCAAGACAAAAAUGGAUGUCUGCUCUGCCAGUGUCUCAACAAUGACUCCUGCCCCGAACUGGGAAAAUACUGUUCCCUGCAAUGCCCGAUGGGAUACGAGAGGGACGAUUUUGGCUGCGAGGUGUGUGAGUGCAGCAUCCCGAUGCCCAAGUGCCGACCUCUGACCUGCACUAAGACCUGCCCUUAUGGAUAUGUGAGGAACAAACAUGGCUGUGAGAUGUGCCGCUGUGUCAAGUGUCCCCCCUUCACCUGUGACAAGCACUGCAGCGACGGCUACCGACAGAACCGGAAGGGCUGCUCCAUCUGCAUGUGUAAAGAAAGUGAUCAUGUCCCAAGCACCACUGCCCCGGCCCCAAUGCCAAACUAUUGCCUCACCUCCAAUGGGCACAGAUACGAGGAAGGUGAUGGCUGGCACGACGGCUGUCGUGACUGCUACUGCCACUCUGGACGGGAGAUGUGUGUGCUCAUUUCAUGCCCUGUACCCAGCUGUUCUCAUCCAGUCGUCAGGCCUGACCAGUGUUGUCCUACAUGUGAAGAUGAGUCAGGCAGCGGUCAGCCAGAGGGGAUGGACAUGGUGGUGUGCAGAGCACCUGGGGGGGAAUUUUACGUGGAGGGGGAGACCUGGAACCUGGACGAGUGCACGCGCUGCACCUGCAGGAAGGGACGUGUCCUGUGCGACACUGAAGUGUGUCCCCCGGCUCUCUGCCAGACACCAAUCAGGAACAAGGACACCUGUUGCCACGUAUGCCCAGAGGAGACACUGAGCCCCUUGCUGCCAGUGAACAGCAGCCAGCAGGAGUACUGCAUAACCAGCGAUGGCGACGUGCUGCUGGCUGGAGACUCCUGGAAGGCGAACGCCUGCACCAGCUGCACCUGCAACAACGGCACCAUUCAGUGUUUCUCUCAGCGCUGUCCGGCUGCCAACUGCAGGGUGCCCGUCUUACGCAAGGGCCAGUGCUGCCCACACUGUCUCGAAAUUACAACGUCCGUGCCGGUGAUGGUGUCUACCAAUGCCCCCAAGACAACGGUUACUGCUACAGUGGAGAGUGCAGUGUGGAUCACCACUGUCACUGUGCCCCCCAUCAUCGCUGAAACAGAUGAGCCAGGUUUGGGUGAGAAUUACCCCAGCCAAACAGAGAUGGCCCUCAUCUACCAAUCAGCUGCCUGGAUCCUGGCAGGUCUCCUCCUGGCCAUCAUCAUCUUCCUCAUUGUGGCGUUACUCAUCAACAAAAAAAAGAAGUGGGUGCAGAUGUCCUGCUACAGUGCACCAAAGAAGACGGUGAUCCUAAAGAAGCAUGUAAACAAGAACUCAGUGGUCUACAUGGAGCCUUCCAAGGAGAACAAAUUUCAGAACGUGAAGAACGACUGCGGCAUCAUCCACUUCUCUCCAGACAUGAGCUCCCCCUGCGCGGACAAGAUGACCAUCCCCAGGGCCAAGCUGAGCAUGGGCAACGACUGGACGUCGCGCUAGAAAACACACCACUCAGACUCUGCAAAUCGGAGCUGUCCGGCACCUCCGAAUCUCUCUCUCAACUGCUGUAUCCGAGGUGAUUCGCGGGCACCACCACGUUCCCACCCUUUUUUCUCUGUGUGACAGUAAAAACCGAGGAUGCUUUACAAGAGACAAAGCAAGCGACCUCUGUUUCUUUUAUCAUGUGUCCAUAUUCUUCUGUGUUUGGACCCUUUUUUUUUUUUUUGUUUUGUUUUUUUUUUAUUUAUUUAUUUUUUUUUGAUUUUUUUAUUUUAUUUUGGGCGGAGUGAGACGUCGAGAGGUGGAUGGACGGGUGGACAUGUAAAGGACACAGCCACUCUGGGCUCUGCUUUAAAACAGAGAAGGAGGCAGCUAGAGAGGCUCCUCUGUCAGAAUCAGACUUUGACUGUGAACAUUGUAAUAUUAUUGCUUAAUAUUGCCUCCUUUUGAAACUGGAACUUGGAAGCAGUAAGAGGAGCAUAAAAAGCUUUAGGACAGGGGUUUGGGCUGUAGUUAAAAGGGGAUGGAGAGGAUACUGCCCCCCCCCCCCCCCCCCCCCCCAGCCCCACCCCUGAGUGCAGCAGUGCUUCAUGGAUGUAAUUAUCAUCAUCAUCAGCAGGGAGGCCAAAGGAACUGAUAAUCCAGUUGGAUCAAAUGGAGUUCAGCAGCCAAAUCAAGUCAACAGGCUUUAUUUAGACCCCCAGAUCCAAACCCCUGCUUUAGAAUGUGUGGUUUCCAUCUUAGAUUUUGUAUAUUUCUACAGUAUUUGUAUUAGUUUUUGUUGUUAUUGGCCACCUCUUGUUUUUUUUUCUAUCAUGGGUGUCUCCAUGGGGCCAGAUUGAAUUAUUUUGAAAAUGCCCAUCUAAACAUUCCCCACCAUCAGGAUGUUCAAGGAAGGACACGCUUCCCAUAUAAAAGCCUUGUUUCUACCUUCAAAUGACCCGAGUCAUUCCAUCCAGAAAACCCCAACAUCAAACCACAAUUGUACGAAGGAAACGUGAAUUCUCUCUCUAGACUGGUCAACCAUUCAGCAGCUAAUCAUCUUCAACUUCCCACUCAGCCUCAUCUGAACCGGGCUCCUUCCAGAAGGAAUCAGCCCUGUCAGUUGUAAUUCAUCAAAAAAUCAGUCGAGUUGAAGCGGAGUGAUAUUCAUCCAGGGUGAAUGUCAUUUUAUUGACAGUAGACGAGAGAAAAUGGUGCCAGAUGCUUCAUCUGGACCGGUGUGGAAUGGCUUUGAUAUCAUGCCAUGCCUCACUUCUUAACUUCAUUCACAGCUCUGUCUGUGUCUGUCUGUGUGUGUGUGUGUGUGUGUGUGUGUGUGUGUGUGUGUGUGUGUGUGUGUGUGUGUGUGUGUGUGUGUGUGUGUGUGUGUGUGUGUGUGUGUGGUGGAGCUACUGUUCACACCGAAUGUUAGUGAUGGUUAGUUAUCAUUCUUUUUUAAGCCUUAAUUCUAUAGCCUUAAUGCUUUUUCUUUGUUAUCUUGUUUCAUUUAUUAAGUGUGUUAGCCAAUAUCAAGGAAUCUAAAAAAAAACAAAACAGUAAUUUAUUCACCCAUCAUUAAGAUGAACAGAUUGCCACUGAUGGUUCUCAUCAGCUCUUCAUAUACUGGUGAAUUAUAUGAUGCGUGGACAAGAGAUUUGAAGGGGAGCCUGUUUGUAACUGUACAUAAUGGUACACAUUACAACAUCAGAGCAUGUUAAAGAGACAUAGCACUUUUCUUUGGAGCCAGUGUUUUUUAGAAAGCCCACUGCAGGAUUCUUGAAGGGAUAAAGGCCCUAAUCAGGGAUUUGAUAGGCAUAUUAAGCACACCACUUAAACCACUCAAGUGAACACGCUGUUGCAGCUAGAGGCUCCGCACCAAUCUGAUCAGUACGGAGAAGGAUGGAAUCUGAGCAGCAUUACGAAACAAAAUGAGGUUUUGUAGGAAAAAAGGUUUUGGAUCAGAGUUCUCGAUCCAUUGCCAAUUUCUCAAUACAAAGACCAUUCUGAUGCCAAAAUUGGUUGGAGACCAAUUAAUAUUGAAGUGUUUUAGUAACAGUAGAUUUGUGUCUGUCUGAAUCAUGACCAUGUGCUUUAAAAUGAAGAGGUGACUGUAAAAACUUACGCAAUUCUUUGUUCUUCUAUGUGUAAAAAAAAAAAAAAAAAAAAAAAAAAGUAGUUUAAAUUAGUAGAGCAGAAGAGUACCUUAUUUAUUUUUUCACAUAGCUUUAUUUAUUAAUACUAAACUAUAGUUUGAGAUUUUUUUUUUUUUUUUUCUUUUUGAAAAAUGAACUUUUGGUAGCCAAAGCUGCUGUACAAUGUAGAUCAUUUACCAUUUCUAUCUGCUAUAUUCUAUACAACCUUAUUUAUUUCACUGUUGCAGACCCUGUAAAUAUGUUUCUUAGAUGAUGAACUGUAACAUUUACACUUAUUUUGAAAAAUAAAUGUGUGAACCAAA